UAUAGUGACCGUUUUAUAAAAAUAACUUUUUUAAAUCAUAUUUGCUCCAUUUCUACCCACUGCUGCUCUAACAUAUCCUCCAUCAUCCUUCUCACACAAAGUGACAGUUUGGUGCGGCCUCUAAUGAGUUGUGAAUAACAGUAAAGGCAGCAACGCUUUCUGUUAAACUGGAAAAGUACUGAACAGAACAGGAGACGUUGGAGGUCAUUCUCACUGGUUGAAAAGCACAUCUCUCAGCUGCUUCUAAUCAGGCCUGAUUUUUUUGAAGCCUCACACAUGUCACUCAUGAUGUUUUCAAUUGGCUUGGUGGUGGAACCAAAUCUCUGCCUGCAGUGCCACAGUCUUGGUGUAUCACUAAAACACUGUUUGUAAGCAUGAAGCGGGCGUUAUCUGAGUAGCCAUGUCAGAAAUUUGGAGGGCAUGAUCAUCUUUAUCUUCAUCGGCCUCUCGGCUGCAAUAGGGGACCGAAACAAUUCUUACCCCGACCAGGAGAUAAAGGUGUUGUUUGCCUUUGGCUUGGCCAUCGCCACAAUAGCUCAGUGUAUAGGUCACAUCAGCGGCACCCACCUGGACCCUGCCAUCACCCUGGGGCUGCUGGCCAGCUGUGAGAUGAGCAUGCUCAGAGCCUUUUUCUACAUUAUUGCUCAGAUUUUGGGAGCAGUGGCUGGCAGUGCCAUUGUGUACGGUAUCAGGCCAGAUACCACACAUUCACUUGGUCUUAACAAGCUAAAUGGAAUCAGCCCAUGUCAAGGUUUUGGUGUUGAGUUCCUGCUCACCCUCCAGCUGGUCCUGUUUGUGCUCGCAGUCACCGACAAGAGACGUGACGUCAGUGGAUUUUCACUUCUGGCGAUCGGAUUGUCCGUAGGGCUGGGACACCUUGCUGGUAUCAGCUACACAGGAUGCGGUAUUAACCCAGCUCGAUCCUUGGGGCCUGCAAUUAGCAGGAAUCUUUUGAUGAUCAUUUUAUUGCAGAGCUGUAAAUCAUGUUUUGGAUUCAUGAGUUAUUCCUAUUGA